GCGCUUCCCCCAGCUCAGCGAGUCCAGAGGAGCCGCAGCAAGUUCAUGCCACAUCCAAGUCUCUCUCCUGACCGAGUUAGUCUCCUUCCAGCUGCGGGAGCCGGUAAAAUGUCCCCGCUGAGAGUUGUGUGUUGUACGACAGAGUGUUUCUGAAAGCUCAGUGAGCAAAUUCAGCGACAUGGCAGCAUCUGAACUGUACACCAAGUAUGCCCGUGUAUGGCUGCCAGAUGCGGUGGACGUGUGGAAGUCAGCAGAGCUCACCAGAGACUACACUCCAGGGGACCAAGUGCUGUCUCUCCAGCUCGAGGAUGGCACGGAUGUGGAGCACAGGAUAGACCCCCAAACCAACGGGCUACCCCCUUUAAGAAACCCUAACAUCUUGGUGGGGGAAAAUGACCUCACCGCUCUCAGCUACCUCCACGAGCCGGCAGUCCUACACAACCUCAAAGUGCGCUUUAUCGACUCCAAGUUAAUUUACACAUACUGUGGGAUCGUCCUUGUUGCCAUCAAUCCUUAUGAGAGCCUACAUAUCUAUGAAGCUGACAUCAUCAGUGCCUAUAGUGGCCAGAAUAUGGGGGACAUGGACCCCCAUAUAUUUGCAGUUGCAGAGGAAGCAUACAAACAGAUGGCCAGAGAUGAAAGAAACCAGUCCAUCAUAGUGAGUGGGGAGUCCGGGGCUGGCAAAACAGUCUCUGCAAAGUACACCAUGCGCUACUUUGCUACUGUUAGCGGCUCCUCUGGUGAGGCCAGUAUUGAAGAGAGGGUACUGGCCUCCAGCCCCAUCAUGGAGGCCCUAGGAAAUGCCAAGACAACAAGGAAUGACAACAGCAGCCGUUUUGGGAAGUACAUCGAGAUCGGUUUUGACAAGAAACAACGUAUAACUGGGGCGAACAUGAGAACUUACCUACUGGAAAAAUCCAGAGUGGUGUUUCAGGCCUAUGGAGAAAGAAAUUACCAUAUAUUCUACCAGUUGUGUGCCUCUUCACAUUUACAAGAGUUCAAAACCUUCAAAUUAGGUUGCGCCGAUGACUUCCACUAUACUAACCAGGGUCAGAACCCAGUCAUAGAUGGAGUGGAAGAUGCCAAAGAGAUGUGUCAUACCAGGAAGGCCUUCACAUUAUUAGGAAUUGGUGAAAGUGAUCAAAUGGCCCUUUUCCAAAUUCUGGCAGCUAUUCUCCAUCUGAGCAAUGUGGAGGUGAAAGAUCAUUCGGCAGACAGAAGCAGCAUCUUGCCAGACAACAGCCACCUGAUGGUCUUCUGUGAGUUGAUGGAGGUGUCCUAUGAUGACAUGGCUCACUGGUUGUGCCACAAGAAGCUCAAGACGACCACAGAAACUUAUGUUAAGUCUGUCUCCAAAAUGAACGCUAUCAAUGGGAGAGAUGCCCUUUCCAAGCACAUCUAUGACCGAGUCUUCAGGUGGACUGUUGAUCGCAUUAACAAGGCCUUGAAAUCUGCCAUCAAGCAGCACUCCUUCAUUGGUGUCCUCGACAUUUAUGGGUUUGAAACAUUUGAUAUCAACAGUUUUGAGCAGUUUUGCAUCAAUUAUGCCAAUGAGAAGCUCCAGCAACAGUUCAACCUGCAUGUGUUCAAACUGGAACAAGAGGAGUACAUGAAAGAGGAGAUCUCAUGGACUCUGAUCGACUUCUAUGACAACCAGCCAUGCAUCAACCUGAUUGAGGCUAAGUUGGGUGUCCUGGACCUUCUGGAUGAGGAGUGCAAAAUGCCCAAAGGCUCUGAUGACACAUGGGCACAAAAGCUGUACAACACCCUCCUGAAGCAAAAGGCUCACUUUGAUAAACCCCGAUUAUCAAAUAGAGCUUUCAUCAUCCACCACUUUGCAGACAAGGUGGAGUACCAGUGUGAGGGCUUCCUGGAGAAGAACAAGGACACAGUCAAUGAGGAGCAGAUAAAUGUGCUGAAAAUGAGCAAGUUUGAUUUGCUGCUGAAGCUGUUUGAGGAUGAUGAGAAGGCCACAACCUUGAGUAGCAGCCGCUCCGUUGUGUCAAGGCCUGGUCAGUCUCAGAGGGACAAUAAAAAGACUGUUGGACUGCAGUUUCGACAAUCUCUACAUUUGCUGAUGGACACGCUGAAUGCUACGACUCCUCACUACGUACGCUGCAUCAAGCCAAACGACCAUAAAUCUCCGUUCACCAUGGACCCUGUGAGGGCAGUACAGCAGCUACGAGCCUGUGGCAUCCUUGAAACGAUCCGGAUCUCCGCCGCGGGCUUCCCAUCUAGAUGGACAUAUCAGGAGUUUUUUAGUCGUUACCGGGUCCUAAUGAAGCAAAAAGAUUUGCUUCCUGAUAGAAAAAAGACCUGCAAAAAUGUCUUGGAAAAGCUGAUCAAGGAUCAGGACAAGUACCAGUUUGGAAAAAACAAAAUCUUCUUCAGGGCUGGUCAGGUGGCUUUUCUGGAAAAGCUGCGCUCUGACAAGCUGCGUAUGGCUUGUGUCCGCAUCCAGAAGACUAUUCGCUGCUGGCUCGCACGCAAGAAGUACCUGAGGAUGAGAGAAUCUGCCAUCACCAUACAGAGAUAUGUGCGGGGUCACCAGGCCCGCUGCCAUGUUAAGUUUCUGCGCUGCACCAAGGCAGCUGUGGUCAUCCAGCGGAACGUCCGAAUGUGGGCAGCCAGGAGGCGCUACCAGCAGCAGCGGUCUGCAGCCAUCACCAUCCAGUGCCUCUUCCGGGCCUACAUGGCCCGACAGCACUACUAUAAGAUGGUGUAUGAGCACAAAGCCGUGGUCAUCCAGAGGUGGGUGAGAGGCUGGCUGGCCAGACGGCGUUGUAGACACUACCUGGCAGCCAUCGUCCUGUUGCAGAGCUGUGUACGGCGCAUGAGGGCCAAGAGGGAAUUAAAGAAGUUAAAAGUGGAGGCGCGCUCAGUGGAGCACUUCAAGAAGCUCAACAUUGGUAUGGAGAAGAAGAUCAUGCAGUUGCAGGAAAAGAUCAACGAGCAGCAUAAGGAAAACAGAGAGCUCAGUGAGAGGCUGAGUGUGGUGGAGAAGACCCAGGCUGCGGAGAGAGGGAAACUGGGCAAAGAGAUGGAAAUCCUGCGUGGGUCAGAGCGAGAAGCCAGGGCCAAGGCAGAGAGGGUCCCCUCCCUGCUGGAGCAGCUCUCUUUCCUUCACCAGGAGCUUCAGAGCACCUGCAGAGAGAAAGAGGACUUGGAGGAGCAGGCGAGGGCCUACAGGGAGCAGACACAGCAGGUGGUGGCAGACCUCAAUGCGAAGAACAACAUGUUGAAUAGUGAGAAGGAUGACCUGAACAGGCAGAUAAAGGAACAAGCCCAACAGAUAACAGAUACCAAAGUGAAUGUAGAGAACACCAAACAGCUGGAGAAGGACUUGACUGAAGAACGCGCCCGCUACCAAAAGCUGCUGAGCGAAUAUCUGCAGCUGGAGGAGCGUCAUGGAGAUCUGAAGGGGGAGAUGAAUGACAACACGGAUUCAAGCAAACCUGCCCAUAAGAGAACAGACUCCAACUACAGCAGCAGUAAUGUGUCGGAGUACACACAAAGCUCAGACUAUUGCGAGGGAGAUGACAACUCCUUACAAAGAGAGGAUGUGACCCAGCCCACAGUGGACAUGCCAGUCCUUCUGAAGCUCCAGAGGAGAGUGAAGGAACUGGAGCAGGAGAAACAGGCUCUACAUCUGCAGCUGGACAAGAAAGAGGAAGCCCAGCAAGAAAAGGCUAAGGAGGUGGACGAGCAGAGAAGCACUGUCAGAGCUGAACUGGACCUGGAAGUACUGAAGCGCCAGGAACUUGAGUCUGAGAACAAGAGGUUGAAGCAGGACCUGAGUGAGCUGCGUAACUCUCUGACUAGUGAGAGUGGAGAUUUGGCGCCCCCUAGGCCGGGCUCUGAGCCUUACAAUGUACUGCUGGAGCAGCUGAACUCCUCCAACGAGGAGCUGGAGAUGCGCAAAGAGGAGGUGCUGCUCCUCCGAUCCCAUAUGGUCCGCCAAGAGGCUCUUAAACAUAAAGACUCUGCACUAGGGGAAGGUCUGAAAUUAGAUCUUUCUGAAAUGCCCUCAUUUCAAGAAACUGACAGAUCCUCUGACAUCCAUACACUGAAUGAAGAUGGUGAGCUGUGGCUGGCAUAUGAAGGGUUGAAAGAGACCAAUAGGCUGCUGGAGCGCCAGCUGCAGAGGCAGGAGCAGGUUCAUCGUGAGGAGUGUGAGGAGCUGCGUGAUGUGGUCCGCAGGUUGAGGCAUGAACAGAAGCAGCAGCAGCAGCUCUUGGCCCAGAGUCUCCUCCUGCCCGAGGAUGCCCGCAUUGACGCGAGUCUGCAGCAUGAGAUCACACGGCUCACUAAUGAAAAUCUGGACUUCAUGGAGCAGCUUGACAAGGAGGGCAAAACCAUACGCAAGCUGAAAAAGCAGCUCAAACUUUAUGUGAAAAGGGUUGAAGAAUUAGAGGGGAGUGCUCAGCAGCAGGGAAGGGCAUCCUGGGCGGCCACUCCUGUUAGUCCGGUGAAUAUCACCCGUAAGGAGAAAGAUUUCCAAGGCAUGCUGGAGUACAAGCCCGGUGACGAGGGCCGCAUGGUGAAGAAUCUGAUCUUAGAUCUGAAGCCCCGCGGUGUGGCUGUUGGCAUCGUUCCUGGGCUACCGGCCUACAUCAUCUUCAUGUGUCUGCGCUACGCUGACUACAUUGAUGACGAGCAGAGAGUCUCCUCACUGCUCAAUUCCACCAUCAGUGGUAUCAAAGGAAUCAUCAAGAGAAGAGGACGUGACUUUGAAAUAACGUCUUUCUGGCUGGCCAACACCUGCCGGUUCCUGCACUGUCUGAAGCAGUACAGUGGAGACGAGUUCUUCAUAAAGCACAACUCUCCCAAGCAGAACGAGCACUGCCUCUCUAACUUUGAACUGUCAGAAUACCAGCAGCUUUUCGGUGAUCUGGCCAUCCACAUCUACUGCCAGCUCAUCAAAUGCAUUGAGGAGAUCCUACAGCCCUUGAUUGUGGCAAGUAUGCUGGAGAAUGAGACAGUUCAGGGCGUUCUGGGCUCCAAACCGACCGGCAUGAGGAAGAGGAGCUCCAGCUUCCCAGACGGCGAGGCUGUUACCGUGGAAACACUCAUCCACCAACUCGAACUCCUCCACACCACCAUGAAUCAGCAUGGGAUGGACCCACAGCUCAUCAAGCAUGUGGUCAGGCAGCUGUUUUACAUCAUCUGUGCUGUCACCCUCAACCACCUCCUGCUGCGUAAGGACAUGUGCUCCUGGAGUAAAGGCCUGCAGAUCAGGUACAAUCUGUGGCAGCUGGAGGAGUGGCUGGUGGAGAAAGAGCUGACAGACUGUGGUGCCAAAGAGACUCUGGAGCCGCUUGUUCAGGCUGCACAGCUGCUGCAGAUCAAGAAGAAGACGGUGACAGACGCACAAGCUAUCUGCACCAUGUGCAGCGCUCUUACUGCCACACAGAUUGUCAAAGUGCUGACCUUGUACACCCCAGUGGUUGAGUUUGAAGAGCGAGUGUCAGCCACUUUCAUCAGAACCAUUGAAGACCUUUUGAAAGACAGGGUUGAGUCACCCAUGUUGACCAUGGAUGUCAAGAAGAUCUUCUCAAUCAAUCUUCCCUUCACACCCUCACCUGUGGCCCUGGAGACCAUCCAGAUCCCUGCAAGCCUAAAUCUGGGCUUCCUCACUCGUGUGUAGACCAGCAGCCUCUGACAGGCACCUUGGAUGUUUCCCUCAUUCUCUGAAUCCUCAAUUCACUAUCCAAAAAAAAAAAAAAAAUGUAAAGCUGGUACAUCUUGCAGUUCAAUGAUCAGUAGUUCAUAGACAUCUUUAGCUUUCAUUCAUAAAUAUCCAUGUAUGCAUAAAUAAAAGAGAAUAAUACAUGGAAAUAAAGACUGCAAAAAACAAAACAAAACAAAACAUGGUAAGGAAGAGAAGUAAAGAUUGUAACUGGAUGAAGAGCAAAACUGCCAAAACUGACGACAGAGGUUAUCUCGUGCUGCUCCAGUCUAUUACUGGUAGAGAGUAGAUUUAAUUGGGGUUUAUUGGUGUUUAUGGGUAUCAUUGUUGAUAUAUAAAUCCAAGUCACAAAGUUUGGUCUUUUACUGACUGCUAUUUUGCCUUCAGGUAUUAUCCAGUAUCCAGCUAUUUCAUUCAUGUUUAGAAGCGCAGUGGCACAAACUUAUUCUGGUUAUUAAAACCAGGCUCUGGUGUCUUCAUUGCACUAAUUCAGAAACUGAACACCUUUUAUAAUGCUGACCAACAUGAGCAUAUUUAUAUACUUGCAGAUACACUGAUUUAAACAUGGGCGAGGCAAAAUGAAAUUCAGUGGCACUGUCAGUCUGUUUUUAUUAAACUGCUGUUAUUGGGUGAUGCUGUAUCUAUGCAAGAACAAGGUGAAGGAGUAGAAGAUAUAUUUAUGUAAAAUGACAUUUAACCAGUCUGACAUUUCCAUGUUGAGGAGGACGUGGGAGGUUUAAGAUUAAAAAAAAAAAAAAAAAAACUGA